CAGCAUUGUACAACCAUGAGAUAGCUAUGACACCCCGCCCAACACCAUCCUAUAGAAGACAGAACGCUCCGGCACAUAAAAGCAGACAAAAUGCGACCCCUCCAAUCGAAGCUAUUCUCCCCAUAUAACGUUAGGAAGUUCUGCUCCUUCCGUCCUUCAUUGAGAGCCAUUGCUGUUCCUAAGAGCAUUCUAAACCGACCAUCACUACCACUACCCUUGCAAACAGCAGCCCCCAUCCAGCAGACGCGCACAAACUCGACCAAGAUGUCCGCCCAGCAGCAGAACCAGCGCUUCUCGCUUGAGAAUGUCUUCAACGUCAAGGACAAAGUCGCUCUCGUAACAGGCGGCGGCUCCGGCAUCGGCCUAAUGGCCACCCAAGCCCUCGCCGUCAACGGCGCCAAAGUCUACAUAACGGGCCGCACUGAAGAGAAGCUCGAGCGAGUCGCCUCACUCUACUCAAAAGACAUCCCGGGGCAAAUCAUCCCGCUCGCAGCAGACAUAACAUCAAAACCCUCAAUCGAGGCACUCGUCCAAGAAAUCUCCGCAAAGGAACCCGCCCUCCACAUCCUAAUCAACAACGCUGGAAUCUCCUCGGCGACCCAAAACACCGAGCUCACCUCCGCAGAGGAGCUCAGCAGCGAACUGUUCAACAAAACCAGCUUCGAAGAGUGGGAGAGCCUGUACCGCACGAACGUCUCACAGCUGUACUUCGUGACGGCGGCGUUCCUGCCCCUGCUGCAGAAGGGCACGGAACGCGAGCACGGCUGGUCCAGUACGGUUGUCAAUGUGUCGUCCAUCUCGGGCAUCGUCAAGGUCGCGCAGCAUCAUUUCCCGUAUAAUGCGAGCAAGGGUGCGACGGUGCAUUUGACGCGUAUGCUGGCACAUGAGGUUGCGUCUUCGGGGCUAAAGAUCCGUGUGAAUGGCAUUGCGCCGGGUGUGUUUCCGUCGGAGAUGACGGCUGGGGAGAGUGAUGAUCUUCAGAAGAGUAGCAUUCCCAAGGAGAAGUAUGAAGGGAAGGUGCCUGCGGGCCGGCCGGGGAAGGAUGAGGAUAUGGCGGGUGCGGUGCUGUUCACGACGGCUAAUCAGUAUCUGAAUGGACAGACGAUUGUGGUGGAUGGUGGGUAUGUUUUGGCGGCUGGGACGGUCUAGCAGUACAGUCUGGGGGGUCUCUACCAAAAUUAAUGAUUAUGAUGAUUAUUAUUAGCUUAUGAAUAUUCAAUUCUGAUAUAGUCUGUUCUAUAAAUGCCUGCUCA